CACAAGCACCGAUCCUAUAGACCCUGCAGCAUAGUAAUUCAAUAUUGGAGACACGUACUUCGACAGAUGACAACGGGUUAUACACGAUGAAGGAACGAGGCAAGAAGCUGAGGACGAACACUACUAAGAAGUCCACGAGUCACUGGGUAUCCAACUCUAUCGGUAACGCCCUAUCGUCGUCCGCACGGAGGACCACGGGCACCAUGGCCUGGCGCAUCGCGCUCUUGACCGUCCUCCACAGAGUGCCUAGACGUCGUCGCGACAACGAAUCGCGAAAUCGUGGCACGAAGCUCUUUUCCGGCACCUCGUACGAGAUGAAAAGGUGGCGCGUAGCGCUCUUCAUCCCCGGGUCUUCAUCGCCUCGUCGAACACCGACAGGAUCCUUGGUGACUCAAUCCGCAGCGACUUGCGAGUGUCCGUCGCCGUCUGCCCUUCGCCCGUUAUGUAUACGGCAUGACGUCUUACCUGGGCGGAUAGCCGAACCCCUCAAGGGCACGCCGUACUCGCUCGUCAUACCCCACACCGUCCAGCCCACGCAUCUCUCGCAAACGAGCGCAGAACCGGUCCUGCGUCAGCCCUACACUAGCACGGAACGCGGCCGGGACCACAGCGCAGACAUACGCCGCCGUAUCGCGGUCUGAGUGGACCCAGAACGCACCGGAAGUCAUUCGUUCAGUCGGAAUAUAUGGUCGAAGGACAAGGAAGGAGGCAGGUGAAUGACAACGAGGGACAUGAUCAGAUUCGCGAAUACAGGGAGCGCCCAGACUCACCGCUUGGCUCGACGCUAGCGAUAUGCGCGUCCGUACAGCGCGGGUCACGGCAGAGGCCGCCACCGGGAACUUCGAA